AUGCGGCGGCUCCGGGGCCUCCCCCGCCGGCUGGUCACCAGCUGUGCCCUCAGCUCGAGGACGGCACGUCGCGCAGGGGCCGAGCCAGUCCCAAUCUCCAGCGGUGCCGCGCCACGAUCUCCUCGUCACCGACGCCUCCUCCGCCGCCAGGUAGUGGUGGUCGCUGUGGGCCGGGUUCAGCGGGAAGCGCCAGGUGCGGACGGCCCACUCCACGAUCGCCGCGAGCUGGUCGCGCUUGUCCUGCGUCGUGUCAAAGUCCAUGGUGAAGGUCUUGAUGCACGGCAUGUUGACGAACUCGCGCCCCCACAUCCCGGCCGUGUAGCGGACCUGCGGAGGCAUCCAGCUCGGACGACCGGCGGCGCUGUGGUCUAG